GAUGUGUAGGAGGUCACUGGACUGUCCAUCUAAUUAUGAGCUGUUGAGACGACCAGACAGACAUAGGUUACUGUCCAGCCAGAAGCAAGGCCAAUGCGGGGCCGCCAUGAAGAAGCUCCUGCUAGACGUGGACUGUGGUGUGGACGACGCCCAGGCGAUAAUGAUGGCCUUGGCCUCACCAGGCGUCCAGAUCGUGGGCAUCACGUGUGUCCAUGGCAACACCUCAGUGGAGAAUGUGUGUAAGAACACUCUGCGGGUGCUCAAAGUCUGUCAGCGGCAAGAGAUCCCAGUGUUCUGUGGGGCAGGGAGAUCUCUACUGGGAAAGACCUUGAAUGCUGAGCGGUUCCAUGGACAGGAUGGUCUAGGUGAUGUCCCUGACCCCCAGGGGGCAGGUCUGGAGCAGUUGCAGAGGGAGGGCGCUGUGGCUGCCCUCAUUCGCCUGGCCAAUGAGCAUUCGGGUGAGGUGUCUGUCGUCGCCACUGCUCCCCUGACUAACCUGGCGCUGGCUGUGCGGAUCGACCCCUCUCUCCCACAGAAACUCAAAGGCCUCUACGUGAUGGGAGGAAACACAGACUCUCGAGGCAACGCCACAGUGUGCGCAGAGUUUAACUUCGCCGCUGACCCUGAGGCUGCCUCCAUCGUCCUGAGCUCCUUCCUCUGUCCCACCUACAUAACAACAUGGGAGUCUGCCUGCCGUAACAAGCUGCCCUGGUCGUUCUGUGACGGGUGGCUGGCCCAGGACUCUGAGAAGGCCGACUUCAUGAAGAGAAUAUUCCGCCAUACCAUGGAGGUGGCGUACCAGGACCGGUUCCAGAGGGAGAUGGUGGAUGGCGUGGGAUUUGUGUCAUGUGACUCAUACGCCAUGGCGGCCGCCAUAGACGAGACGUUGGUGACGCAGUACGAGGAGAUGGCCGUCUCUGUGGAGCUUUGUGGCAGGUACACCAGAGGUAUGCUGGUGCUGGACACAGUCGGCUUCCUCCCAGAGCAGAGGAACGUGUUCAUCAUGAAAAAGGUGAACGUGGAGACGUUUAAGAGGAUGAUGAUGGAUGCUCUUAACUAGAGCUUCAGUUUGGGAUAAUCAUAUUGUUUGUUUGGUUGGUUGUUUUUGUUUACAAACUCUUCUGUACUUGUACUCUACCUGCUUAAAGAUAAAUACUUCUAAAACUGUUGUUCUUGAAAUGUAUCAUACUUGUUUAAGAAUUAUGGCAUAA